CCCGGUUUUCAUUUUGCAGGGUACUGUCACUUUAAGAGGCAACUUUGAACACGCGGAGUCAACGUCAUUGGAGGAAGGAGCAGCCAUUCACCUCUGUGAUUAUGGUCAUUUAAGAUCUCAGUUUAUCAAAAACAGACAUUUAUUAACACCAGCUACUUUUCAGCAGUAUCUGUCUGAUCAUACGGUGCAGUGGAAUGGAAGGGUCAGCUGAUCUGAGGAUUGUCCUAUUGGGCAAUACAGGAGCUGGAAGGAGCAGCACAGCCAAUAGCAUUCUGGGAGAGAAGCUGUUCAAGACCUCGUGCUCUGCCAACCCCCAAACAGUAGGAUGUGAGGCUAAAACAAAAACUGUUGGUGGGAGGAGCAUCACUGUGAUUGACACACCAGGAUUUCUUGAUAAUAAGAACCCAGAUGACACACUGAACCCCAAAAUAGUGGAGUGCAUCAGAGAAUGUUCCGCCAGACCUCACACCUCUGUUAUGGUGUUGAAAACUUCCAAGCAAACAGCAGAGGAGUUACGAGUGAUGAAGAGGUUUGAGGACUGCUUUGGAGAGGAGGCUCUGAAGAAUGUUAUUGUCCUUUUUACCCACGGAGACCAGCUCGACGACCACACGACCAUCGAGCAGUUUGUGAAUAAAAAUGAAUGCCUGAAAACACUUGUCCAAAAGUGUGGAAACCGGUUUCAUGUCAUCGAUAACAAAUACUGGAACAAUCCCUCUGAAGGCCACGGUGAAGAGAGAAGCAACGCUGCUAAAAUCAAAAAUCUGCUGAACACGAUUGAUCAGAUGAUGAAGCAGAACAGAGGACAGGACUACACCAAAGAGAUGCGCAGAGUUGUGGAAAAGGCACAGUCUGGGGGUCAAGCAAAACCAGUGCAGAAUGUGAUGAAAUUUUUUUUGAAAACAGGUGCAUGGGUUCUGUUAUUUCUUUCUGAAUGGUGCGCAUAUGCAUCUAGUUCGGUUUUUAGAAUUCCGGCUAUAGCAAUGAGAGCUCCGUUAAGGGCAAUAAAUUAUGCUUGUGCAUGUGUAACUACACAUGCCCAAGAAGAAAAUAAGGCAACUAAACCCAAUACUGAUGAUGUAUGUAAGACACAGGGAAAAGAAGCGGAGACAGAAUACUAAGAAUUUAUUUACCAGUUGUAAUAUUUGGGUUGAUUAGUAAGAAAAAUGGGAUUUUUUAAAUUUCAUUUACCGAAUUACUUUCUCUAAUGUCAUUUAAGGAUCGUCUACUUCAUAACUGAAGGGGACCUGUAAUCUUGUCCGAUUUUUUAAAUUCUACAGGAAAUUGCCCUCUUGUACCAAUAAUUGGAUAGAUCCCUUUAGGAAUCUGCAUUGUAUUUAGGGAAUAAGAUCAUGAUUGUGGUGUUAACAGAGUGGUGUAUCUUUUUUCAUUAUGUAUACUUGGUGACUAAAACAGUUUUUCCUAGAUUUAAUUCAUUGUUUAAUCUCCCUAACAUGCUGUAAAGAAGGACACUGUGUUUACUUGCCAAUUAUUCACAUUGUUUGCUCACUGGUUAUUCAAGGAAAAUGAAUGAAAACACCAAUGAUCAGUUUCAAGGGAAGUUUUACAGCCUGUCCAUUUUCAGCUCACCUGUUGUUACUGUGCAGUUAUAUGAUUUUAUAAAAUUGAUAUGUCUGAUUGAUUGUUCCUAUUGGUCAAUUUACAUUUGUCCAGUUGUGACAAUAAUAAUAAAUGCAUGGGUAAAUAGCAUGUUCAAGCAUUUUAAAUACAAACAUAGAAGUAUGAAUCGAGAUUGCGUUUUUUAUGUUAUUAUUAUUAUUAUUAUUAUUAUUAUUAUUAUUAUUAACUAUAUAACUAUGUAACUUCCCUUUGUGAUUCAAGGACUGAUGUUUGCCAAGGAAACCGAAAAAGAACUUUCUCAAUACUUCUCAAUACAUCUGCACACACAUUCACGCACACACACACGCACACACACACGCACAUAUACAGUACUUCCGAUAUACCCGCACACUCAGUGUCUCGUCUGCUCAAUUCUCUGUCUCUUCUACUUAUUUAAAUUGUCUGUCUUGAGUUGCUGCACUCAAUCCUGGAGCAAUGCCUUUUCUUUGUGGUUCUUAUGCUCAAGGUGGUGCUGGAAAUUAAUUUAUACAAAUUAAAUAUGUCAUGGAUCACUGGACCUCUUAAUUGUACCCCAGGUAUUAUCACCAUGCCGAUAUUUAAUUUGUAGACUCUUACCUGCUUUGCUUCUCCCCCUUUAACCACCCCUUUCCCCCUCCACCACAUUCAUAAAUCAAUUGCUGCACAAUUUAUUCUUAACUUUGCUGACUAGCAAGUCUGCAUGGUGAUAGUGCACUGCAUGUUCACCAUGUUCAUGGCCCGUUGUAGUUUCAGGGCACAACCAGCAGGUGUCACUCUUAGCACACACAUGGUGCAGAGGGCGAGGGUGCCAAGCUCUACAUGGAGAGAACUUCGAACUUGGACUUGCUAUGAAACCGUUGCAGUUGAAUGACUCUGGAUAAUUGAUAGCAGUGACGCAUACAAUAUUUAUUCCAUAGUCAUGUGAUCAUUUCAGUUCUUGUUACUUGUCCCCUCUUGGAAAAGCUGAGUCAUUUCAGCAAAGCCAAAAAUGCUAUCAACUGCUGAGGAAUCUCUGCAGGCAAAAUUGAUAAGCAUGAUUUUCAAGUGUGUGUGUGUGUGUGUGUGCAUAUGAUUGUGUGUCCAUGCGUGUGUGCAAAAGUAUUGGGACAGAGACAACAUUUUUGUGUUUUUGUUAAACAAAACAGUCAAUAUGAGGUUGAGAUUGUAGUGCAGACUGUCAGCUUUAAUUUGAGACUUUCCCAGGCAGCACAGACCUCAGGUCAGUUGACGGUGUGGCAGAGUCACAGACCUCAGGUCAGUUAGCGAUGUGGCAGGGACACAGUCUUUCCCAGAUAGUACAGACCUCAGGUCAGUUAGUGGUGUGGCAGGGUCACUACCUGUCCUGGCCUUUUUGCACCAAAUCCUGCACCAGUUAGCGCACAAACACUGAUUAUGUUCUUAACCUGAAUUUCUUCAAAAUAAAUAUUCUGCUGUAUAAAUGGAUUGUAUGUGAAAGAAUGUAAGCUGUGUAAGUGGCUCAGAAUAAGAGAAUCUGCUAAAUGCCUAAAAUAAAGAUGUUGAGAUUAAUAAAUAAACAACAACAGCAGCAAAAUCUAGUUGUGUGCCAUGUGAAAUGUACUUUUGUAAAUUACUUUGGCUAAAAGCAUCUCCUAACUGAUUAAAUCUUAAGUUGUAAUGAUGCAACAGUCAUGUGC